CUGCAGGGCCUGGUGGCCGAGCUGCGCGAGGGGUUCCAUGCCGCUCUGACGGAGCUGUGCGAGCUGCGUCAGAGGGACCACGGCCUGGAGGAGAAGCUGCAGGCCCAUCAGACUGAUGUGGAUGAUAAGAUAAUGGGCCUCAAGAACUCCCUCAACACUUUUAAGGAGGAGCUGAACAUGGCGUUGUUUCACAUAAAGGAUGUGUCUAACAGACAGAGGGAGGUGCAGAAUACGAUAGAGAUGUUGCAGUCAGAAAACACACAAGACAUCCUCUCUGCUUCACACAGCAGAAAGGGCUCCAAGGCAGAUUUGCUCUCAGGGGACGAACACAUCUGUGUGCCGAGCCAAUCAGACCUCAGUGUAAUUCAGCAGUUCUUCUCCAGUCUGCCACACAGCAGCUCAACACACAGGAGCUCCACAUCCACACACACCUCUGCCUCAGAGCAGGAGGCUCAGCAGCAGAGAGGUUGUCCGUCCAAAUCUCCAGCGUGGGGUGAAAGGAAGAACAGCAGAGAGGAGCCUGAGAGACCAAACAUCCAGACUGAAAACAAUAAGAGGCAGAGAGUGGCUCUGGAGCUGCUGGAGUCCGAGAGAGUGUAUGUGUCCCACCUGUCUCUGUUGUUGAAGGCCAACAUCUCCUUCAAUGGAUCAGAAGCUCCCACCUCCAAAGACAAACGUCCGUUUCCCAGCACGUUGAGGUUUCUGAUCCAGCAGCACCUUGAGCUUCUUCAUACUCUGCAGGAACGUGUGCUAAAGUGCCAGUGGCAAGGCAUCAUGGGGGAUGUGUUCAUGAGGCUCACCAGCAAAGAGAGCGAUUUCCUGGACUUCUACGUGUCCUACCUGAAGGAGCUCCCAGACUGCGUGACGGUCGUCAACAUGCUCGCCUCCAGCUCCAUGAAAACCUCUGCCUUCCUGGAGAGUGAAAUAAUGGGAGAUGAAUCCAGGCCCUCGCUGCACACUCUGCUCCUCCAGCCGGUUCAGAGGAUCCCUGAGUAUCUGCUGCUGCUGCAGGGGUUGUUGAGGCAGACCACAGCAGAGCACCCAGACUACUACCUGCUGCUGGUGUGCAUCCAGCAGUUCAGGUCCUUCACGACCCAGUACCACCACCUGCUGCAGCACAACCAGGAGCUGCUGCUGCACAACCGCAAGGAGGUCAAGAGGUCUACCAUGAAACAUCUGUUAAAGACAGUGGAAAGUGGGAUUCAAGCUAACAACAUUGGCUCACCGUACCCUUGCAACAGUGCCAUGUUAGAACACGCCAACCAGGUGAAGCGGAGCAAGCAGCGUCUCCUGGAUCAGAUCCAGUCUCAUCGUUUCCAGGAAUGGGAGCCGGAUCGUGAAACUCAUUGUUACGACACAGAGUGGCCCUCGCAGCUUACAUACUUCAACCCUGAGCUGGACUCACAGAACCACAAACCAACAGGUCUUGGCAGUAUCCCUGAGAGUGAGGGGGGGUCCUGUCAGCACCGCCUCCCCUCCAGACCUGCAGAGCUCCAUCAGGCUGUACCAGGCUCCGCUCUGGCCGACGCCCUCGGGGAGUUCCUCCUGCCUCCAGACCCCCCAGGGAUGGAGAGACUCUACGAGGAGGACAGACUUCACGAUGUCUCCAUGUUCGACCGCUGCUCCUCCGGCUCUUCGGAUUCCUCCAUCGACAUCGCCUUCGUGAAGUGCCCCAAAGGCCCCUCUACUUCACAUCACGCAAUGGCGGCAAACGUGUCCACAACUAGGGAUGUCUUUGGAAACGGGGGGAGCCAUGGGAACGGUUAUAAGCUUCUGAACCGAGGAUGCGUUUCUCCAGAUGAAGCUGUGAUGAUGCGUCGCAAUAUGCACCGCCCCCUGCAGGCCAGCCAGCGGAAGAGCAAGUCGCUGAACGGCCUGCAGAUGGACUCCACAGUGGGGGGUCUGGACGGAGCCCUUCUCUCAGACCACAUCCAGAGGCUGGGCAGCCACGCUAAGCUGGAGCGUCAGGGCAGUAAAGGCAACAGAGGAGGUCCCACCCCGUCCCGUAAGGUCCACAUUCCCCCGGUGACCAGAGCGGACCCCGAGAAACAGAGCGAGGACCUUCAUGGGCUGCUCAGCAUGGACUCCGGUUUCCAAUCAUGGGGGGACGAGUCAAAGUGGAGAGGGGGGGCAGAGGAGAACCAUCACACCCCCUUCAGUGAGAGGAGCAGGAAGCAGGAGAAAGGAGGCUUCAGGAGCUCCUUCAAGAAACUCUUCAAGAAGAAGAGCAGUGAUGAGAAGAAGGAUAAGAGCGGGGAGAAAACACAAGAAAACCUGAACGGUGAACAUGAAGCUCCGGGGAAAAACCCCAAGCUGGUGCAUCUGGAGAUAAACCGAGGCACAGCUGUAUGAAGACUCUCUCACACGUGAUCAAAUAUUAAGCUUGAUUGUGUCUGAAGAGGUACAAUAUUAGGUUGUUUUACAUUAACAACUGGUUUAAGUCAUUUAGCUAAGCUACUUUUAAUUUCAUUAUUUCAAAUAUAAAUGUAACACCCCUACCCCUGGCCUUCAGAGAGAAAGCACUUGAAAUUAUUUAAAAAGAAAAACUAUUCAGCAUAGACGGUGGACUUUUAAUCAUCUUCUGUUUUAUGUUGUCAAUCGUGAUAAUAGUAAGAGUACAGCAACACUUGCCCUCACCAAAAGGUUAGAGUGGCUUGAUUAUAUUUGUUUUAAACAUUUAAUGUUAAACUAAUGACAUGCAUUAGUGCAUGUUCAUCUUAUUCUGUUUCUCUUCAGCUGUACUCAAGGGUAAAAAGCCAAGAAAUAAAUACCUGUAUAGAAAAGUGUUCGCCUUAAAGGUCCCAUGUCAUGCUUUUCCGGUUCUUACCCGUCCCCUUGUGUGUUAUGAAGGUUUUUCUGCAUGUAAACGGUCUGCAGAGUCACAAACCCUCAAAGUACACCCUGUAGGGAGUAAAACUCUAACACAGAAAAUACCUGUCUAUGCUGCCCCAGAACGCCUCAAUUGGCACUCACUUGUUAUACAUAGAUUUAGCUAGUUGAAUAUAUCUGGAUUGGAUUUAGUUGUUAUAAAGUUCACUAAAUUGAUUGUCGGUGUGUUACCUGAACUUGUCACUUACAAAACAUACAAUUAUUUUUAACAUAUUUUUUUAACUCGCAUUCAGCAGGCUGCAGAAGUAGAGCCGUUUGGUUCUUGUUAGAAAUGCAAUCACCUGCAAGCAAGAACCUGUCAGCUCAAAUAAAAUUAAAAGGGUUUACGCAUAAUGAUGAGAACCACUUGUCCAGGUAAAACUAAAUAUGUAAAAGGCGAAAGUCUAAUUUGCUCCAAUUGCAUCCAAACCCCAAAUGUGUAUUAUAAAGCCUCAACUAAGUGUCUAUAAAAAAUGUCUUGCAUGCAACUCUGCAGCAGGAUAAUAUUAAUUCAAUCUGGAGAGACGGUUUUGAUGUAAGAAUACAUAUGUAUUGCCAGGAAUACACAAAUGAAUGUAAUGGAGUUUUGGCGAUUAGGCCCCG